GCAGUAUAUUUUGACUGUUUUGGUGGUUUAUUUGGCGCUGAGACGCGAGCGCUGUCAGUCAGUCAGUCGAGUUCUACUCCGGUGGUCAGUUUAUCUCACAGAGGUCCUUUCUCUUACAGCGAAUGGAAUCGCCACAAAAAUGCGUUGCUAAUGAAUGUGUUUCUGCAAUAUGAAGAAUGGAAGAAGACGAUGUGACGAUUAGAGAGCAGAAUUUCCACAGCCAAGUGCGCGAGUACAUUGUCUGCUUCCUCCUGUUUGCCGUGCUGUACAUUGUAUCGUACUGCGUCAUCUCACGCUACAAGAAAAAAAGUGAUGACCAGGAAGAUGAGGAUGCCAUCGUCAACAGAAUAUCUAUGUACCUGUGUACAUUCACACUGGCAGUGUCUGGAGGGGCUGUCCUUCUCUUACCAUUUUCUAUAAUCAGUAAUGAGAUCCUGCUCUCCCUACCAAAAAACUACUACAUACAAUGGCUCAAUGGAUCACUCAUUCAUGGCCUGUGGAACCUGGUGUCCCUUUUUUCAAAUCUCUGUCUCUUUGUGCUGAUGCCUUUUGCCUACUUCUUCCUGGAGUCCGAGGGCUUCGCCGGUUCGAAAAAGGGCAUAAAGGCUCGAGUGCUGGAGACAUUUGUCAUGCUCUUUCUGCUGGGUCUCCUCAUCCUGGGCAUUGUAUGGGUUGCGUCCGCUCUCAUCAACAAUGAUGCCGCCAGCAUGGAAUCGCUCUACGAUUUAUGGGAGUUUUAUCUGCCAUACCUCUACUCCUGCAUCUCUCUGAUGGGAGGCCUGUUGCUGCUUAUGUGUACUCCAGUAGGACUGUCACGCAUGUUCACAGUGAUGGGCCAAUUACUAGUCAAACCCACAAUUUUAGAGGAUCUGGAUGAGCAGAUUUAUUGUAUACAGCUGCAGGAAGAGGCCUUGGAGCGUAGGCUCAAUGGUACGAUGUCAAACUCUUAUUUCCAUGCAAACUCUCAGCACCAUCUUUACAAAGAGCUGGACAACGUUCGCAAUCAGAGGAACAAACUCGAAAGGAGAAAGAAGGCCUCAGCCUGGGAAAAGAACCUCCUUUACCCCAUAGUGAUGCUGAUCCUGCUUGCUGGAACGGCGAUUUCUGUUCUCCUGGUUGCCCUGAACAUUGUGUACUUGCUUGUCGAUGAGACGGCUUUGCCAAAGGGUUCAACGAGUUGCGCUCCCAUUCUCUCUGCUUGA